UGAUUGGCUGUUGCUUUAAAAGCGUCGGUCGGUUCGUCCUUGUGUAGUGUUUUAUCAGUAUGUCGUCCUCAGCGCUGCUCUCCUGUCAGCUGGGCAGACAGCUGACACACAAGUUCCUGUGCAGGUCCUUCGCCUCUCGUCCUUCUCUAAAUGAAGUCGUCAUUGUCAGUGCGGUUCGGACCCCUAUUGGGUCUUUUCGAGGGAGUCUCGCUUCAGUCCCUGCAACUAAACUGGGCUCCAUCGCCAUCAAAGGAGCAGUGGAGCAGGCAGGAAUUCCUCUGGAGGAGGUGAAGGAGGUGUACAUGGGCAAUGUGCUGCAGGCAGGAGAAGGACAAGCGCCGACCAGACAAGCUCUCCUAGGAGCUGGCCUGCCUCUCUCCACUCCAGCAACAACCAUUAACAAAGUGUGUGCCUCUGGCAUGAAGUCCGUCAUGUUGGCUUCUCAGAGCCUGAUGUGCGGACACCAGGAUGUGAUGGUGGCUGGUGGCAUGGAGAGCAUGUCUCAGGUUCCGUACGUGAUGUCCAGAGAGGCUCCUCCUUACGGAGGCGUGAAAAUGGAGGAUCUUAUCGUAAAGGACGGUCUGACUGACGUGUACAACAAAUUCCACAUGGGCAACUGUGCCGAGAACACAGCAAAAAACAGCAGCAUUUCCAGAGAGGAGCAGGACGCUUAUGCUAUCAACUCGUACACACGCAGCAAAGCAGCCUGGGAGUCAGGAAUCCUGGCCAAGGAAGUGAUUCCAGUGAGCAUCCCACAAAGAGGCAAGCCAGACAUUGUGGUGAAAGAGGAUGAAGAAUGGAGGAAGGUUGAUUUCAGCAAGGUGCCCAAACUGAAAGCAGUCUUCCAGAGGGAGAACGGCACAGUAACAGCAGCUAAUGCGAGCACACUGAACGAUGGGGCUGCUGCGGUCGUCCUGAUGACUGCAGAUGCUGCCAAGAGGCUUAAUGUCAAGCCAUUGGCCAGGAUUGUAGCUUUUGCUGAUGCUGCUGUUGCUCCCAUCGAUUUCCCCAUCGCUCCGGCGUAUGCAGUCCCCAAGGUGCUUGAGGCUGCUGGUGUUAAGAAGGACGACAUUGCCAUGUGGGAGAUAAACGAGGCCUUCAGCGUGGUGGUCCUGGCUAAUAUUAAGAUGCUGGAUAUCGACCCCAGCAAAGUCAAUGUUAACGGAGGAGCAGUGUCUCUCGGACACCCUAUUGGAAUGUCUGGGGCGAGGAUUGUUGGACACAUGGCACACAAUCUAAAGUCCGGACAGUACGGCCUGGCAGGAAUCUGCAAUGGAGGAGGAGGAGCCUCUUCUAUUAUCAUCCAGAAAUAUUAGGCUGCUCACUCGGUCUGUAUUUACUGGCUCUGUUAGGUCACUGUUUAGCAAGACCCAUUGUACAGUUAUAAAAAAAAAAAGUUAAAAUUCAGUAUAAAUCAAAAAGCAGAUAACACCAUUUUUAUCUUCGAUGUUUGAUAAUCAGCAGCCUUAAUUCUGACGGCUUGGUUACUGUUACUGUCACUCCCAGCUGAUCACUCCUUUCCCUUCAUUAGAAAAUUUAGUUAUUUUUUGGGAAUAUUUUAAACAUUAGUGAUGGAAUGUUAUUUUUACUGAGUGUUAUUUAAACCAUGAUCAGUUUUGUUUUGGGUGUCUCAAUAACUGUAAAUGUCCCAUAUCAAUGAAAUGUUCAUGUUUUGGGGCUGCAAUAAAAAAAGAGAUUUGUAAUUAAGUGUUUCUGUGAUUUAGCAAAUUAUAAUUAUAUUAAAUAAUAUUAAAUAACCAAAAUCACUAUAAUUUAAAACAUAUCUUCCAUAAUUCCCUAUAAAGUAGAGAGUGUUUAAUGUAUAUUUUAUCUCUACCACUAGAUGGUGCCACAGCACUGUGGCCCAGUCUGUUUUAAAAGGACUAAUGGUUGCUGGUUAAAGAACCAAAGCUUCAGGAACAUGAAAUAUGACUCAUGCAGGAAAAUUAUUCUUGCAAUACAUUCAGUUCUAGCAGGUCUGCCCUUAUCAGUUAUCAUCUAAUCAGGAUAAUAUUUGGUUUGUUUCUUUUGUUUCUUCAUUAUUUGUCAUUUUGUUUCCACCAAUUUUCUAUGAAUUGGUCUUUUAGAUGUCUAGCUCCUAUCCUUUGUUGGGGUUUCUGAAUAUAAAAGCCUAUAGCAUCAUUAGGGUACAUAAGUGUUAACAAAUCCUGGAGUCAUUAAGGGUCAG